GUUUGUGUGUGAACAAAAUCUUACAAUUUAAUUGUUUGUUUUUUUAUUAUUUACAAGGUGGAAUAUAUGUUGGUAAAAUUUGACCACGAGAAUAAGAAAGUGCGCUUGGUGCUCUGUGGUGAAGAAGUUCUUCAAACCCUGCAAGACAAGGGGGAGAAGGUAAACCCCAACCACCCAACACUCUGGCGACCAGAAUAUGGAAGCUAUAUGAUUGAAGGGACUCCUGGGCAGCCAUAUGGAGGAACCAUGUCCGAAUUCAACACUGUGCAAGACAACAUGAGGAAAAGACGGCAAGAGGCCGCUUCUGUGCUCAAAGAAAAUGAGGCUGUUUGCACUGUGACAUCAUUUCCAAGGUUGGGGUGUCCUGGGUUUACGGUGCCGGAAUAUAAGCCAACGCCAGUAGAAGGAGGAGCUUCAAAAUCCCUCUUUUUUCCAGAUGAAGCCAUCAAUAAACAUCCUAGAUUUAGUACACUGACCAGAAACAUUCGUCAUCGAAGAGGGGAGAAGGUUGUGAUAAACGUACCGAUAUUUAAAGAUAAGAACACGCCAUCACCAUUUAUCGAAACAUUUCCUAAUGAUGAUGGAGAAGCAGCAAAAGCAGCUAAGCCAGACUAUAUAUACAUGGAUGCUAUGGGCUUUGGAAUGGGAAACUGUUGUCUUCAGGUGACAUUCCAGGCUUGCAGCAUUUCUGAAGCAAGGUAUCUCUAUGAUCAGCUAGCCACGAUCUGUCCCAUUGUGAUGGCGCUGAGUGCUGCAUCUCCAUUCUACAGAGGCUAUGUGUCCGAUAUUGACUGUCGCUGGGGAGUAAUCUCUGCAUCUGUAGAUGAUCGAACACGAGAAGAGAGGGGGCUAGAACCACUGAAGAACAACCAUUAUAGAAUCAGUAAAUCCAGAUAUGAUUCCAUAGACAGUUAUCUAUCUGAAUGUGGUGAGAAAUACAAUGACAUUGAUUUGACAAUAGACAAAGAUAUCUACGAGCGCCUAAUAAAGGAAGGUAUUGACCACCUUUUGGCACAGCAUAUUGCACACUUGUUCAUUCGAGACCCCUUGACUUUGUUUGAGGAGAAAAUACACCUAGAUGAUGCAAAUGAAUCCGACCAUUUUGAGAAUAUUCAGUCUACAAACUGGCAGACAAUGAGGUUUAAGCCACCUCCUCCAAAUUCAGAUAUUGGAUGGAGAGUGGAAUUCAGACCUAUGGAGGUCCAGUUAACAGACUUUGAAAACUCUGCAUAUGUUGUGUUUGUGGUAUUGCUAACCAGAGUGAUUCUGUCAUAUAAACUGGAUUUUCUCAUUCCUUUGUCGAAGGUGGAUGAAAACAUGAAGGUGGCCCAGAAAAGAGAUGCUGUCCGGCAGGGAAUGUUUUACUUCAGAAAAGAUAUUUGCAAAGGUGGAAAUGCUGUUGUGGAUGGAUGUGGCUCUGCACAGAACGGGACAGGCACUGACGCAGAAGAGUACACCUUAAUGAGCAUUGAUACCAUUAUCAAUGGGAAGGAAGGAGUCUUUCCUGGCUUGAUCCCAAUUUUGAAUUCCUAUCUUGAAAACAUGGAAGUGGAUGUGGACACAAGAUGCACCAUCCUAAACUACCUGAAGCUAAUAAAAAAGAGAGCAUCUGGAGAAUUAAUGACAGUUGCUCGAUGGAUGAGGGAAUUUAUCGCACAGCAUCCAGACUACAAGCAAGAUAGCGUGAUAACUGAUGAAAUGAAUUACAGCCUUAUUUGGAAAUGCAACCAAAUCGCACAAGGCCAGGCAGAGUGUCCUGAACUGCUGGGGGUAGGAUUUAAUAAGAAACAAAGUGGAAGCAAAACUGGCUCUUUGUAACGAAUGAAUGUUUAUUAAAUAAUAGAAAGUUUAAGCCUUUUAGCAAAGCACUAGCAAAGAUGCUGUGAAUCUGGUACAGUUUCAUGGUGUGAAGUCCAAAACAGGGAUACUGCACUAUAAAAUGGGCCAAUCUGCCUAAAUAUUAGUUUAAGGCAUCCUAAAAUGGGCAUAUUCUUAUUGUUAAGGUUUAUACAAUGUACAUGUAAAUAGUAAAAUAUUUUUUAUGAUUAACAUCAAUGUAUUUUAAUAACAUUGUAUCUAAAGUUAUUGUGAAUUAGCUUGUAACUUUUUUAUGCUUAUUCUAGAAAGAAACAUCGUCCUGAACAGCUUUGUAAAUGUAAUGGUAAUUGUAUAUUAUAUGCAUUCCAGUUUCUGAAUGUUUACUGUAAUAUUUUUAACCUGGAAUGUGCUAAGUAAUCUACCUUA